AAGAACAAUAAUGGUGUUAUUACAGAUAAACGUUUUACACAUGCCCAAUCUGAACCAAAAUUCCAAAUGUAUAGAAAGAAAGAUAUGUCAAUUAAACUUGAUGAAAGAUUCAAAAAAAUAUUAACAAAUAAAUUUACAGAUAGUGCUCCAAUUGAUGAAUAUGGUAGAAAGGUUGAUAAAACUAAAAUUAAUAAAACUAUUUCAAAAAAUUUUAUACUUGAACAAAAUCAACCACAACAAGAACAAAAAGAAGAUAAAAAGAAACCCCAAUCACAACCAAAACAAGAACAAAAAAAUAAAAAACAACAACCAAAACAAGUUGAAGAGGAAGAAGAUGAAGAUUCAGAUAUUGAAAUUAACGAUUCAGAUAAUGACUCUAUAAAUUCAAAUGUAGAUUCAGAUAAAAGUAAGGUUGUAGAAUAUGGUGGUUUUGAAUAUAAUUCAGAUACAGAAAGUAGUGACGCAGAAGAGUUUGAAGGUGAUGAUAUCGAGUCUGAAAGUGAAGGUGAGUUGGGACAACAGGAAGAUGACGAUAUUCCAAGAGGUGAUGCAACUAAAAGAUUCGCUGUUUUAAAUUGUGAUUGGGAUAAUAUUGAUUCAAAAGAUUUAUUCGUAUUAUUAAAUUCAUUCGUACCACCAGGUGGACACAUUGAAAGAAUUACAGUUUAUCCAUCAGAUUAUGGUUUAGAACAAAUGGCAAAGGAAAAGUCAUCAGGUCCAUCAAAAGAAAUUUGGAGCAGAGAUAAAGAUCAAGCAAUGAUGGACGAAUCAACCUUAUCUUAUGACAAGGUUGAAGAUGCCGAAUCUUUAGAUGGUAAAGGUUUCAAUUUAGAGAAAUUAAGACAAUACGAGUUAUCAAAAUUAAAAUACUACUAUGCUAUCGUAAAGUGUAGCUCUGUAGAAACUGCCAAUAAAAUCUAUGAAGAAUGUGAAGGUAUGGAAAUUGAAGAUACCGCUAAUGUAUUAGAUUUAAGAUUUGUUCCAGAUGACCAAGAAUUUAAAAAUCCACCAAGAGAUUCAUGUGAUACUUUACCAGCUUCAACUAAAGGUUUUGGUUUCUCCACCUCAGUUCUUAAAGGUACUACUGUAGAUUUCACUUGGGAUGUCGACAAGAGCAGAAAGAAAUUAUUAACAAAGAACUAUUCAAAAGAUGAUGCAAGAGAAGAGGAUUUGAGAGCUUAUUUAGCUGAACCAACUAGCUCCGAAGACGAGUCUGAUGAUAGCGAAACUGAUCAAACUGCCAAACGUUUAAAGCUUAGAAAUAAAUAUAAAUCAUUAUUAUUAGAUACAGAUAUGUUGGAAGCAAAAGAAAAGGAUGAUGUUCAAAUUACAUUCAGUUCAGCUUUUUCAGAUGUUAAAGAUAAAAACUCAAAUUCAGAUGAUGAUGAUGAUGAAGAUUUUACUGUCAAAUUCGAUGGAGAUGAAAAUACUCAAGAUUCAUCAAGCGAAGAAGGUGACCAAGAGGGCGAAUUGGUUGUUGGAAGUGAAUCAGACUCAGAGGCAGAUGAUGAAUCAUCCGAUAGCGAAGAUGAUGAAGAAGAUAUCCCACAUAAUAUCAACGGCGAUACCAAAGGAUUUGUUAAAAACAAUUCAUUAAAUGAUGAUGAUGAAGUACCAGAUUGGGCUAAAGAUUUGAAAUCAGAUGACGAAGAGGAAGAUGAUGUUAAAGAAAUGGUUAUUAAUACAAAUUUAAGUGGUUUAGGUAAAAAAUUACUCAAAGAAAAAGAACAAAGAGAAAAUGGCACAGUAUUUACCGAUUAUUUACAAAAGAAAAAAGAAAAGAAACAACAAAAGAAGAGAGAAAGAAGAGAGGAAGUUUCACAAAUUAUUAAAGAAAAAGAAGAAAAAGAUAAACAACAAAAGAAGAAUAAAUCUAAAGGUAGACUCACCGAAGAGGAAAAGAAGGAACAAGCCGAACUUGAACUCUUACUUAUGAAUGAUGACGGUGAAAAGAAGAGAGGUUUCUCCAAAAAGAAAUUAGAAAAAGAAGCUAAAUUAAACACACUCGAUCCACACCAAAAGAAGAAACUCGAAAAGAAAUUAAAGAAAAAGAACGAAAAAUUAGAAGUCAAAGAAAACAAAAACAUUGAUGAUGAAGCUGAUGGAUUCAAAAUCGAUGUUAAAGAUCCUAGAUUCGGUCAAAUUUACAAAGAUAAUAACUUUGGUCUCGAUCCAACCGAUCCAAAAUUCCUUAGAACAUCAGCUAUGGUAGAAAUCCUCAAUGAAAAGAAUACCAUUCGUAAAUCAGAAAAAGAAAAACAAGAAAAAGAAAUUUUAGAAAGAAGAAAUAAAACUAAACAAAUUAAUAAUAAUAAUACAGGUUCAUCAGCAUCAGAAGCUGCAAAGAGCAAUUUAAGUGAAAUGGCAUUAAAUAUUAAAAGAAAAGCUGAAGAAAGAAAUAAUUUAUUAAAUUCUAAAAAAUUAAAA